AUGAAGAUCUUCAUUUGUCUUUUGGCCACAAUUUGUGUCUGCAAUGCCACAUUUCUAUCGCUGCUCGGCGGUGGUGCUGGCGGUGGUGCAGGUGGUGGCACCAAGACCACCUACAAUGUCAUAGCUACACCACAUGGCGGAGGAGGAGGAGGAGGAGGAGGUGGUGGUCAUGGUGGAUCACAUGGUGGCUCGUAUGGUGGCUCUUAUGGUGGAUCACAUGGUGGCUCUUAUGCUCAUGGCUACUCACAUGGCGGCGGUGGCUCAACGCAGCUUAUUAAGAUCAUACUGGAGGAUGGAAACAGCUAUGGACAUGGUGGUGCAACUGGUGGUGCUGUUAGCUAUGGACAUGGCGGUGUAGCUGGACAUGGUUAUGCCAGUGGUCACGAUCAUGGCUCCUAUGGCGAACAAGUCUACAAGGUGAUUGAACACGCUGCUCCAGUGGCACCAGUGGCUUAUCAUGCCGCCAGCGGUGGUGGUGCAGGCUACUCCUAUGGACAGUCCUAUGCCUCAGGACAUAGCUAUGGUGGCUCCUCCUCCUCAUCCUAUCACAACCAGCAGCUAAAUGCCAUCUUGCCACAGAUCAUACAGUUGGUGUUGCAAGAAGAUGCACUCCAUGGUGCUGCUGGCGGUGGUGGUGCUGCUGGUGGUGGUUAUGGCAAUGUGGAUGCCCUCAAUGGUCAGCUGAUUGACGCCUUCGGUCACAAGGGCAAGGCCAUCAUAAUGCGUGCCGACAAAGCCCAAGGUGCAUUCUUCAACAGCGGUCAUGUGGUGCAACGUGGCACCUUGAAGGUGAUGAAAGUCUCCGAGCAGCAGCAACAGGGAUCAGCAGGUGGCUGGAGUCAAGGAGGCAGCUCAAACGGCGGCUGGAGCCAAGGAGGAUCCUCAAGUGGCGGCUGGAGCCAGGGUGGUGCCUCAAGUGGCGGCUGGAGCCAGGGUGGUGCAUCCAGCGGUGGUUGGAGCAGCGCUCAGCCCUCUGGCUGGUAG